UUGACGGUUAAAAGUGAUCAACAAAAAACAUUAAAUUUCCCGCUAAAUAUAAAUGGUAAUGUCUUGAACACAUGAUAAAUCAGGUUGGCAUUUCCUUAAUUAUAAACGUAGUGUAGACUCCCACCUAUUAUGCUCUUUAGUUCGACCACCACUGUUACGAAAACAGCAUGGACAAAUUGAAAUAUAAUAAUUUGGUAAUAACCAACAAGAAGGUCAUCCAAAAAGCUCGCGCACAGACAAUCGCCAAACUAGUCCAAAAGCUACGGAAAACAAAAGAUGUUCUGGCCAAAAAUCCGGACAGUGAAAAGGAGAAGAUUCGCCUGCGAAAAAACAGCGAGGGCCUUGCUCAGCUGAAGUCUCUGAAAUGCUUGGACCUUGUGCGUCAAUCGCUUUUGCAGGAGGGUACAAAUCCCAACGCAGUAAUUGCCAGCGAGCGCUCCACUCCGGAUGAAUUGGGAAUCGCCAUGCUGCGGUUAAACAAAUUGAUGCACGGAUUGGUGGACAAGUUUGUGGAAACUCUGAAGCUAAGCCCCGAUAAGGAAGCCAAGUGGCGGGAGGAGAUCUUGGAGACGAGCAAGCGACGGGUUAAAAUAGAACGCACUGAAGAGCGGAAAAGAAGAAGAAAGGAACUGAAAGAACAAAAGGCUCAGACCAAAAACAGAUUAGAGUGGUUGGAACAAAAUAAAGUAGCAGACUCAAAAGAUAAUGAUACAGCAGCAGAGGAAGCGACUACAUGUGUUGUCAGCCAUGUUGAAAAGAAAUAUACCUCCGAGCCUUCGACUGGAAUAGAGGAACAUCCAGUCAUCCCUGCAGAGAUCAAAGAUAAGAAACUUUCCAAAAAGGAAAAGAACGUUAAGAAAGAAAAACCUUUAGUCGUAAAGAAUGAGAAAAAAAAUUUAGAGAAACCUAAACCGCUUCCCAAAAAGGAAUCUAUAAAGAAAAUUGAGAAAAAUAAAUCAAAUCCACUGAAGAAAAAAUGGGAACAAGAAGUUGAACGAAAAGAGUCUAAGGCUUUGGAAAACAAAGAAGCCAAAGAACAGAAGCCUAAACCUAAACCUGAAAGGCAGACAAUUAUUGAAGAAGAGGAAACACAACCUGACAAUAAUCGUCCAACACAUGUUGUUGAUCCCUUUUUUAUCACAGAAUCCGGGCAGCCUUAUUUGUCCACUGCCGUUGUUCUUUCCGGCGACAAUGACAGCGAAGCUGAAGAGGAACGGAGGCCGCCACCAUCCAAAAAGUUUCGUAAUGAAGAGCGACGUACAAAUACAUACCGGGAAAGACCAAAACAGACCAGGCAGCAAGAGUUUAAAGCGAAAAGGCCAACCGAUGAUCGUCACCCCUCCUGGCUGGCCAAGCAGCAGCAGAAACCAAUUAUCGGUGAUUUCAAAGGCAAGAAAAUUACAUUCGGCGAAGAUGGACAAGCGUCAAAAAUCACUGUCCCUCCGCCGUCUACUGCUGCUCCUUCUUCCACGGAAGGCAUGCAUCCAUCCUGGGUGGCCAAACAGAAGUUUAAACCAAAAAUCGCUGCCUUCCAGGGCACCAAGAUUAAGUUUGACGAAGAUUAAACAUGUUGAUGGUA